UGUUUCCUUUCAAAAAAUCAAGUCAACAAAAAAUAAAGCCAGAAAAUUGAGCAACAUGAGUUCAGAUACGGAUGUAAACAAAAGUGCCUCCCCGACUGCCGAGGAACAGCCAGAUGAACCUGAUGGCCCCCUUCCUGGCUCAGCCAGUGACCAAGAAAAGAAAGUAAGAGUCUCUCCAGCCAAAAUGUCAACCAAGAAUUCUACAGAUCUAGUUGAAUAUGUUGACAAGGACUCUGGAACACUUGCCAACCUGAAUGCCUCCAUGAGAAAGCAUCACAACAGGGGUCAUUCUUUUCUUCCCAUCAUUCCACACCCCGCGAGGAGUCAGCUAGAAGACAGACUGAACAACCAGGAGCGCACCAUAGCUUUCCUCCUUGAACAAGCCUUCCGCAUCAAGAAGGACAUCUCUGCUUGUCUUCAGGGGACACACGGCUUUCGAAAAGAGGAGUCACUUGCCAGGAAGCUACUGGAAAGCCAUAUCCAGACCAUCACCAGCAUCGUCAAAAAACUCAGCCAAAACAUUGAGAUUUUAGAAGACCAAAUAAGAGUUCGAGAUCAGGUGGCCACAGGAACUAAUUUUGCAGUUCAGGAGCUCAACACUAAGCACCUUCAAGGAGUUGGAGAUCUUCGAGGAAGAGUAGCCAGAUGUGAUUCCAGCAUUGUGAAGCUUUCUGCAGACAUUCACUUCAUCAGGCAUGAGCACCGGCAAAUUGAGAAAAGAAUUCAAGAGCUCGUGUCUGCCCUGGAAACUAUUUCUAAGAACUUGGAUGUGAAGGUAAUGCAGCUCUUAGGAAGGCUAGAGACUUCCAGUUCUGAGCAAAUCUCAAAUUUCAAGAUGCUUCAGGGGGAUUAUCGCCACGAAAUGAACAUUUUGGAGUUCAAAUUUAAUUCACUUUCAAAUAAUCUGUGUGAGGAAGUUGAGAACAAGAAAAAAUGGACAGAAAACCAGUUCAUCAAAUAUCAACAAGACCUCCUGGGCCAUAUCAAUCAGUGUCUGAAGCUACUCCAGGAGAAACUGGAAAAGUCUGAAAAUAAAAUGGAAGAAAAAUUACUGCGGCUUUCAAGCAAAUUAGAGAAUUUCAUUAACACACAGAAACAGGAAGCAGAACUAAACAAAGUAAAGCAUAUAGAAAAUAAACUGUCCAAAAAGAUGAACCACAUGGAAAAGCACAUCUGGGGUGAAUUAGAGAAAAUGCAGAAUGAAUAUCAAUCAGGAUUUCAAUCGAUUCAUGACUCUCUCAGCUCCCUCCAACAAAUACAGAAAACAAAGAUGGAUUUAGAGAAAUAUAAAGUACGGAAAGACCUAAAGAAAUUACAGCGUAAGAUAGGGGAACUCCAGGAAGUGUAAAACUUUCCAGCCAUCUUCUUUUUCACCGAGCAAGGGAGUGCUUUGUUGGUAAAAUUUGUGAAGAAGAAAGUUAAUAUCUCUGGGAUGUUUACUGCUUCUAAUAUCUCUGUAUUUCUUACCAACUUUUUAAGGAGACGAAUGGACCAGAAAAUCCAAUAAAGCGAAGCAGCUUUAUGAUGUCUUCAUUAA